AUGGCCGAAGAAGACGUUCAAGCUCUUGUCGUGGACAACGGCUCCGGUAUGUGCAAGGCUGGUUUCGCCGGCGACGAUGCUCCGCGCGCCGUAUUCCCAUCGAUCGUGGGUCGCCCCAAGCAUAUGGGCAUUAUGGUCGGCAUGGAUCAGAAAGACGCCUACGUCGGUGACGAGGCGCAGUCCAAGCGCGGUGUGUUGACGCUGAAGUACCCUAUCGAGCACGGCAUCGUGACGAACUGGGAUGACAUGGAGAAGAUUUGGCAUCACACGUUCUACAAUGAGCUGCGAGUGGCUCCUGAAGAGCACCCCGUACUACUGACGGAAGCACCGCUUAACCCCAAGGCCAACCGCGAACGCAUGACUCAGAUUAUGUUCGAGACGUUCAACGUACCCGCCAUGUACGUGAAUAUCCAGGCUGUGCUGUCCCUAUAUGCUUCAGGCCGUACUACAGGCUGCGUUCUCGACUCGGGUGACGGUGUUUCCCACACCGUUCCUAUUUACGAGGGCUACGCCAUUCCGAGUGCCAUCAAGCGCCUGGACCUGGCUGGCCGCGAUCUGACGGACUACAUGAUGAAGAUUUUGACAGAGCGUGGAUACUCGUUCACCACCACGGCUGAGCGUGAAAUUGUGCGCGACAUCAAAGAGAAACUGACGUACGUGGCUGUGGAUUUCGACCAGGAGAUGAGAACUGCUGUGGAGUCAUCGGGUCUGGAGAAGAGCUACGAGCUGCCGGACGGUAAUGUCAUCGUCAUCGGAAACGAGCGAUUCCGUACCCCUGAGGUACUAUUUCAGCCUGGCCUCAUUGGCAAAGAGGCUUUGGGUGUCCACGAGUGUACCUUCCAGACUAUCAUGAAGUGUGAUAUCGAUAUCCGUAAGGACUUGUACUGCAACAUCGUGCUGUCGGGUGGUACCACGAUGUAUCCUGGAAUCGGUGAGCGCUUGACCAAAGAGCUGACAGCUUUGGCUCCGUCCACGAUGAAGGUCAAGGUUGUCGCUCCGCCUGAGCGCAAAUAUUCGGUCUGGAUCGGUGGAUCCAUCCUGUCAUCACUGUCGACGUUCCAGCAGAUGUGGAUCUCGAAGGCUGAGUAUGACGAGGCUGGACCCUCGAUCGUCCACCGCAAGUGCUUCUAA